AUGUCCAGUAGGAAGCGGAAGGCCCCCGACUCCGGGGAGCAAGUGUGCAUGCUGUGUCGCCGGGCGGAUGUCGACCCGAACAUCUGCGGGCGCACCUUUGCCAAGAGUGACCUUUGCGUGCAUGAGUUCUGCUUGCUUUUUUCUUUGAAGAAAAACACGUUCUUUGAAGAAAGCGACCCCUGGGAGGAAACGCUGUGCCUCCCCGUUGAGACCAUCAGAUGCAGAAUCAAGCAGGCGGACCAGAAGCAAUGCUUCGUUUGUGGCGAGAGAGGAGCCGCCAUCAGCUGCGCAGAGAGAGGCUGUGCACGCAGCUUCCACCUGCCCUGCGCCGCGGACGGUGAAUGCGUCACCCAGUUCUUUGGGCAGCACAGGUCCUUCUGCUGCGAGCACCGCCCGCGACAGGCAGCGGAGGCAGCUCCACCCCAAGGCACCGACUGCGUCAUCUGCCUGGAGCCCCUGGAGGACAGCACGUCCUACCAGACCCUGUGGUGCCCAGCAUGCAAGCACACCUGGUUCCACCGCCGCUGUGUCCAGGGGCAGGCCACGAACGCCGGCACCAUGUGCUUCCAGUGCCCCAUUUGUCAAGACACGGAGCAAUUCCGUGCAGAAAUGUCCACUCUGGGGAUCCAAGUCCCAGUCAGGAGACCAUCUUGGUGGGACGACAACACCUACCCAUCACUUCUGCGGAGGCACAGGCGCUGCGAUGUCAGCAAGUGCCUUUACCCAGGAGGCAGGGAGCAGGCAGAGGUGAAUGGGCCCUGGCAGCUGCUGCUCUGCAGCUCCUGUGCUGCAGAAGGGACCCACCGACAAUGCUCCUACCUGAGCAACAGAGUUAACAGCUGGGAGUGUGACAGCUGUGCUGGCAUAGGCACCGCCUCCAGCAGCAACACAGAGCGCGCCGGACCCAGCACCAACACGGAGCGCGCCGGCCCCAGUACUUCCAGCCAAGGGGCUCCGGAGCCUCCCCAUGGCUCCCAGGGUCCGGAGAACAUCAGCUCCGGCUCCAGCAGCCAGGCAGCAUCAGGCCCCUCACACCGGUCCCAGCUGCCUGAGAACAGACGCCUGCCCAGUGAGCCUGGGACACGGCAGAGAGCAAUCGGCCCACGCCUCCCUGAGGAUCAGGAGGCAUCUCUGCGGCGCCGAGGACGCCGUGGGAGCGGCCGUGCAACAGCCCUGCGCACCAGCAGCAGCUCCUGCAGGUCCACCCCACGGAGGGCACCACGGCCCUCCAGCAACUCCCCGGUGGCUGCACCCAGAAGGAGCCCUAGGCAGCAGGGGACGGGCCGGGCACGAAGCCGCUCCCCGCUUCAAGAUCGGGCCUCACGUUCCCAGAGCCGGCCCAGAAGAAGCCGUGGCAGCAGACAAAUGCCACGCCGAGCUGCACAGAGCAGCACGCUCUGCUCAGCCGCCCCAGUGACAUCGAGGCCCUCGAGGGGUUCCCCGCUGCUGGGACACAGAAGACCCUCCAGGCAGCAAGGGAGGGCCCACACAUGAAGCCCUUCCGCAACGGGAUGUCAGGCUGCAGACUUCCCACACAGACCCCAGCACGCCGCAGCAGCCAAACCCAACAGCAGCGGCCAGCCUGGGCACAAGGCUGCUCCCAGAUCCAUCUGCAGAACCACAUCCCCACAGCCAGACCUCAGUCUGCACAGGAGCAGCCGGGUGCUAAUGACACCUGCUCAACUUGGUCAACAUCAGCCAAGACAAUAAAUCCCACCCCCACCCCCAUCAGCUUCAUUCUUCUCGUCUUUUCCUGGGGUGGGCAGAGUUCAGACCUCGACCACAGGGUUGCCUUCUCCCCAGCAGAAUGGCUCAGGUUGGAGGGGCCGGCUCUAACCCCCUUGCCGUGAGCAGGUUCAUGCACCACCAGAUCAGAAUGCCCAGGAUCCCAUCCAACCUGGCCUCACAGGACUCCAGCGACAGGGUGUCCUGAACCCCUCAGGGCGGAACCUCGCUGUUCCAGUGCCCCGCCACUCCCUGAGGAAACAGUUUCUUUCUAACACCUCAUCUCUCUCUAUCCUCUUCUAGUUUCAUGCCAUUCCCCCUUGUCCUGUCACUAUCAGAACGCAUGAAAAAGUCAGUCCUCCUCCAGCUUGGCAGGACCCUUAAAAGUACGAGAAGGCUGCAACGAGGUCUCCUCAGAGCCUUCUGUUCUUAAAGCAAAGUGAACCCCACUCCCUCAACCUGCCUUCUGAGGUGCGGUGCUCCAGGCCUUGUCUCCUCUUUGCGGCCCUCCUCCGGACCCCCCCUCCCACCACUCCACACCCCUCCUGUGCUUGGCACCCCAGGCUUGGGCGCAGUACUCCAGAUGGGGCCUCGCAAGGGCACAGCAGAGACGGACAAUCACCGCCCUGCCCUGCUGGACACCUUCCUCAGGCCUUCCGGGCUGCAGGCAUGCGCUGCUGGCUCAUCUCCGGCUUUUUGGCCAUUACGACCCCCAGGUCCUUCUCCACA